UUCUUCUCUUUCAAUACGCUGUACGCCAUCUCAUAUCGCCUCGCCUCGUCUCACAUUCAAUAAAAAUGAUCACUGCCACCGGGUUGUCUGCUCGCUUCUCCAAGCGGGCUACCAUCCCCGCAUUCCGCAGCCAGAGACACUUCAGCUCCGCCCGCCCGACAUUGAGGGAGAUCCAAGAUGCCUACAUUCUGAGUGCCUCCCGAACACCCACAGCGAAGUUCAAUGGCUCCUUUACCUCUGUUUCGGCACCCGAGCUGGGCGCCGUUGUCAUCAAGUCGGCCCUGAGCAAAUCCAAGGUACCCGUGGAGAAGAUCACCGAUGUGUAUAUGGGAAAUGUCCUCCAGGGAUCCGUUGGCCAGGCUCCUGCUCGCCAAGCAUCCAUGUUCGCUGGUUUGCCGUCCACCGUUGAGUCCAUGACUGUCAACAAGGUGUGCGCCUCCGGUUUGAAGGCGGUAGCACUGGCAGCCCAAAACAUCCAGCUUGGUCUGGCCGAGGCUCAAAUUGCCGGUGGCAUGGAGAACAUGAGCCGUGUGCCGUACUACAUGUCUCGUGCCAGUCAGUUGCCUCCAUUCGGUGAGAUCAAGCUGGAGGACGGUCUGAUCAAGGACGGUCUUUGGGAUGUGUAUAACAAGUUCCACAUGGGUAUCUGCGCCGAGCAGACCUCCAAGAAGUACGACAUCUCGCGGGAGGACCAGGAUCAGUACGCUAUCCGCUCUUACGAGCGGGCCCAGCAGGCCUGGAAGGAGAACAAGUUCGCAGAUGAAAUUGCCCCGGUUACUGUUAAGAGCAAGAAGGGCGAGACUGUGAUCGAACGGGACGAGGGCUACGAGAACCUCCGGAUCGAUAAGCUGACCACUCUCAAGCCUGCUUUUCUGCGGGACGGCACGGGCACCGUCACUGCCGGGAAUGCCUCCACCAUGAACGAUGGUGCUUCCGCCCUCGUUAUCGGCAACAAGGAGCUGGCGCGCGAGUUUGGUGCCGGCGGCCGUGUGUUGGCCCGGAUCGUGUCAUCGGCCGACGCCGCUAUCGACCCAGUAGAUUUCCCCGUUGCCCCGGCCAAGGCCGUUCCGAUUGCCCUGGAGCGUGCCGGCAUCACCAAAGAUCAGGUGGCCGUGUGGGAGUUCAACGAGGCUUUUGCGGCAGUCAUCAAGGCCAAUGAGAAGAUUCUCGGUCUGGAGAACGCCAAGGUCAAUAUGCUCGGUGGUGCCAUUUCCCUCGGUCACGCCCUGGGCAGCUCCGGCUCCCGCAUUCUCGUCACCCUGCUCCACCAGCUGCAACCUGGUGAGUACGGUGUGGCUGCUAUCUGCAAUGGUGGCGGGGCUGCAACCGCUAUGGUUGUGCAGAAGCUGGAUCGUGUUGACUAAAAUACGAUGCGACCCCAAAAACGUUGAUGAUACCCUCGCAUAUGAAGCUCGGAUUGUACAUAUUGUGCCAGUUGUGCACAUCCAAAUUGAAGC